CACAUUGAUAGAAAUCGUGAAGCUUCUGAAAUCCAAUUGAGGGCUGACUACUUCUCGAAGAAUCCUGUGUACACUAGUAAGCAGUUUCGACGAAGGUAUCGUAUGAGGCGUCAUCUAUUUCUACAUAUUGUUGACACUCUUAGUGAUUGGUCUCCCUAUUUUCGUCAAAGGAGCGAUGCAUUUGGCAAGGCUGGAUUUUCUCCCUUGCUCAAAUGCACCGCUGCUAUCCGUAUGUUGGCAUAUGGUACACCUGCUGAUGCUAUUGAUGAAAAUCUGCGAAUAGCUGAAAGCACAAUCCUAGAGUGCUUGAGUAUUUUUUGCAAGGGUGUGAUGCAAAAUUUGGGUCCAGAAUACCUAAGGAGGCCCAAUAAUGAAGACAUACAACGGUUGCUUCACAUAGGGAGGGCCCGUGGCUUUCCUGGAAUGUUGGGAAGUCUUGACUGCAUGCACUGGGAAUGGAAAAAUUGCCCAGUUGCAUGGCAAGGGCAGUUCACUCGUGGUGAUCAAGGAACGUCCACCGUCAUGCUUGAAGCUGUUGCCUCACAUGACCUAUGGAUAUGGCAUGCAUUUUUUGGUGUUGCUGGAUCAAAUAAUGAUAUCAAUGUGUUGAACCAAUCAACUUUGUUUACUGAAGUAGUACAAGGCAGAGCUCCAGAGGUUCAAUUUAUGGUGAAUGGUAAUGAGUACAACCUGGGCUACUAUUUAGCAGAUGGUAUUUAUCCGGAGUGGGCAGCAUUUGUGAAAACAAUCCCCCUGUCUCAAAGUGACAAGCACAAAUUAUUUGCACAGCACCAAGAAUCAGCAAGGAAAGAUGUAGAGCGUGAUUUCGGUGUUUUGCAAGCUCGUUUUGCCAUUAUACGUAACCCAGGACGUAUGUGGCAAGAGAAUACGCUUGCCAAAAUCAUGUACACUUGCAUUAUAUUGCACAACAUGAUUGUCCAAGACGAGAGAGACUCCUAUGAAGUUCGUCAUGAUUUUGACUAUGAAAAGGGUAAAUAUCAUGUACCAUUGGAAGGAUUUACAGAAGGGCCACUACAUGGAUUUAAUAUGGUACUUGAUGCGGACGCCGCUAUUCGGGAUCGACCAACACAUCACCGUCUCAAGGCUGACUUGGUAGAGAAUAUUUGGCAACAAUUUGGAGACCAUGAAGCUUAA